GCGCUGCUCCGAUGGCAGGAGCCAGGAGCCAGGUGCUUUUCCUGGUCUCCCAUGGGGUGCAGGGCCCAAGCACCUGGGCCGUCCUCCACUGCACUCCCUGGCCACAGCAGAGAGCUGGCCUGGAAGAGGGGCAACCGGGACAGAAUCCGGCGCCCCAACCAGGACUAGAACCCGGUGUGCCGGCGCCGCUGGGCGGGGGAUUAGCCUAGUGAGCCGCGGCGCCGGCCAUAGGGGAGAGUUUUUAUCCACUGGUUCACACCCCAGAUGGCUGGAAUGGCCAGGGUUGGUGCAGGAUGAAGCCACCCCAGAACUCUAUCCUGUUCUCUCAUGUGGCUGCCUUUCCAGGCACAUUAGUAGGGAGCUGGAUAAAAAAUGAACAACUGGGGCUUGAACUGGUGUUCCAGUAUGGGAUGCUGGCUUGGCAGUGGUAGCUUAGCUCGCUGCUCCACAACAGUAGCCCCUGCAGUUGAACUGUUACAGUAAAUUAUAUAAUCAGCUCAUGGGUUAGGAAAGUGUGUUUUCUUUCUUUCACAUUACUUAGCACAGUGCUGUGAAUCCAGUUUCUAUCAUCUUUUAGCAAACUAUAUGAUAGUAGUCAGAACUCUAAAUCCAUGGGUUCUACACGUGUGGAUUCAACUGUAGAUCCCAUUCCAGAGAGUCAGAGCCAUACGGAGGAUCACAGCCCUCCUCCAUUGGGACGCACAUGGAGAAGACGUUACCUGCAGACAGGCAGUUGCCUCUAUAUUAACCUAGAAGUCCUAAUGUUUGUGUGCAAUGGGAGAUACUAAUAUAAUCUACCUACAGAGGUGGAAGAAUGACCUGGUGCACAGUGAGGCAUUAGUAAUUAGGGAAAUAUUAAUUACUGCAGACAGGGGCAGUGGUGAACAGUGAGCUGUUUAGAUUAAGUAAUGCCACUAACCAGCAGCUCAACCCUAUGCCUAGUCACUUAAUCUAAUCAAUGAAGCCCUGGAACACUAGUAGUCCAUAUAGAACAAUAUUUUGAUUUAAUCAUUGUCCAAAUAUAGGUUAAACAAAAUUAAAAUAUAUAAACUAUUAUUAUUAGAGAGAUAAAAAGCUGGACUGAAUCUUUCCUGUUAGUUUUCUUGACCCAAUCUAAAUUCCUUCUUCAAAAGAAGAGAAAUAGCAGGAGUUGGGGGAGGGUAUGUGGUAUGUAUGUAUGAGAGCUUUUGAAACAAUUUUUAAGUACUCCAUGAAGUCUUUUGUUCUUUUUUAUUGUAUUUUUUAAGAUUUAUUUAUUUAUUUGAAAGUCGGAACUACAGAGAGAGAAGGAGAGCCAGAGAUCUCCCGUUCACUCCCCAUGUGACUGCAACAGCCAGGGCUGAGCCCAGCCAAAGCCAGAAGCCAGGAUCUUCAUCCUGGUCUUCCAUGUAGACAGCAGGGGACCAAACAAUUGGGCCACCUUCUGCUUUUCCCAGGCACAUUAGCAGGGAGCUGGAUCAGAAGUGGAGUAGCCAGGACACAAAUGGGCACCCAUAGGGGAGGGUGGCAUUGUAGGCAGCAGCUUUACCUGCUGCGUCAUGACACCAGCCCCUGUAUUGUGUCUUUCUGCUUCUUCAUUUUAUUCAAAUUAUUUCUCAAAAGUUUUCUUUCAAUAAAUAAUCAGAAAACAUAAAAUCCAGUGGCACCUGUUGAGUGAUAGUAGCAGAGCUCUUAGGAAAGCUGACUGAAGUAUGGGUGAACCCAGGGCUUUGGUUGUAAGAUGUGGAUAUUAUGUGUCUUGCCUACUUCCCUUCUCUGUUUCUCAUCCCACUUUCUAUUCUCAUCCCAAGGAACACUGAGUGUUGGGUGUAUUUAUUUACAAAACAAGAUGAAUCAGUUCCCUUAUCUGUAGGCAAGUAUUUGCAGUAAAAAUGUUUUCCUGACUGCGAAGACUGCACAGUAAGAUUACUGUCUUCUGACCCCGCUGUGAGCCAGCACAGAUUCCAUAGAGGCUAAGGAAUUUAGAAAUUAUGAAAGGCUUCCGUAUGGAGGAACAAGGACUACAAAUAUGGACAUCAGUGCUUGAAACCAUACUGCCCGCAAGGCUUGGAGAUUAUAGUAGCUAGCGCCAGUAGCACUUAUCUUAGCUGUUUUUUCAUGCCAUAUCAUUGCCUAUAAUCAGGAUUUUUAAAAAGGAACAUAGUGUUCUGGUCCCUGUCUCAGAAAAACAUAAUAAAGUAUUCAGCAUUUUUCCAGAAAGCACGAAUUUCAUCUUGUAGCAGUUAAAACAUCUUCAGUUUUAAAACUUGUAUUUGAAUCUUCCUAAACUACCAAGUUUCAGAAAUUGAAUUUUAAAAGGAAAAUAAAGAAUAUCCCACAUCAGAGGAAGGUGAGCAAGAGCCCUAAACACCCAGAAGACCACCCCGGAAUGCCGGUGGUGCUCUCUGCAUGCUGCUGGCCUGAUCUUACAGACAAGGAAUCCCAAGGCAUAGCGAUGUUCAGUAACUUUCUCUAGUUCAGCUGAGCAAGAUUUAAGUAGGAGGUAGUGAAGCAGGUAUUCAAACAACUAAGAUAUUUUAACCAUCCAGAAAGAAAACUAGGUAAAGAUGAACACAGAAAAGAGGAGCUACUCAUUUGUACUAGACCUUGAAGCAUGAAAAGGAUCCACAAGAAAUAGUGGCCAAUUUUUAUUUGUUUCUGUUAAAGUUCUAUUCAGUGGCCAGGUGCAGAGCGUCUUAUUUGGAGCAAUUAUAGGAGAAGGUGGAGUAUGAACUAGAGGCAGGUGAUGGGAGGGUUCAUUUAAGCCACUGAGAGCAAAUCUUCAUGGCUUUGUGUGUUUCUGGCCUUGAGGCCAUAUUACCCCAUGAAGAAAAGCAAAGGCUUUGAAGCAUGGAGUAGCAGCCCUCCUUCAUUGUCUGCAAGGUCGCACUGGGUGUUUCUCACACAGUGUAGGUUCUGGUAACCCAUGCUCCAUUUCCUGUGUGCUGCCUGUGAUUGCGCCCUGCCCUCUGGCUGCUGAACAUUGUGUCACUAAGACUGAAAUGGAGCCAGGCUCUGCUGCACAAGAGCAGGUAGCAUGCUGAAACAAGAGUCCACAGUGUAGGCCACCAGGUGCUAGGUAAUGUUAGGUUGUAUGUCAUGUGAAAUGUCUUUUAGAUUUCUCCAGAAAAUAGCAUAGCUGUGACCUCUGUUUUAAUAGUAAUGUUUGUCUUUCAUCCAUUUAGAAUUAAAGGAUCACUCUGGAUACUCAAUUAUUCAUGCUAAUAGAGGAGAGAAAGUUGAACCGAGUAAUUAGUGGCAAACUUGGCAAGUUAUUUCCUGCUGAGGGAUCCCUCAUCCCACCUUUAGACACGGCAGCCCUAUUUCAGCAAUGGCAAAUCAGCACACCCAGCUCCUGGUUCUGUUCCUCUGGGCUCUGGGUAGUGAUUACCCAUGUGGGAGUUGAGACUAUGGUUCUGUCCAGCCAAUGAGAGUUGUAGGAAAGGGGGUUCCUUGGCCAAGUUGCCUGCCUGUCCACCCUGUAGCCCAUUUGCUAAAAUUGACAAUACACAGUGCCAAAAAGUAGAAUUACCCUGUUCUGAGACCUCAUGACUAGCAUUUUUCCAAAAGUUUGUAAAUAUGUAUGGGUCAACUUGGGGUCCCUGUGUUAAAAGUAACUUAAAUUCCUUCAUCUAUAGAAUGCAAAAUGAUUCUAACAUUCUAUGUGCAUCCAACAUUUAUUUUAUCCUCUCUGAUUUCUAACUAUUUGAUAUUAAUGUAUAAUUUGGCUCUCUCCACUUCUCUGGGACUGAUCCGCUGGCUAAUUCCUUCAGUGUUGCCACUCAUCAGGGUGUUGUAGUGGCAUCUUAGCCAAAGCCAGUGGAUUAAUCUGGGGGACGAGCAGGUUUUGAAGACUUUUUCCAACUGUGCUUAAGGUUUGUUUUUAUUUGUAAUAUUCUUACUGAUCUGGUAAAUGUAGGCUGUCAUCACUAAAAAAAAAAUUUAAAAGCUGGAAAUCAGACCCUCUCUUUAUUCUAGAAUACCCCUUUCUACACUUGUAGCUUCUUCCAAAAAUAUUUCAGUAGCAUUGUGGGGUCAGUGUCCUUUGAGAAGAUGUCUCUGAGUUAAGUGUAAUUUCUCUGUCUUGUCAAGACCUUUUCCCCUUCUUUUUAUCUUUUGUUUUGAGUGUGCAGUAGAGAAAGUUUUCUUCGUGAGUACCUCUGGUUUAAGAUAUUAAGAUCCCAAGGCUCUCAAUCUAAUACCCUGACCUAUCCCUGGAUUUAGGGGGAAAAAAAAAACUCUUGAGAAACAGAAGCUACCGUCUGUACCAGAUGCCAAUGAAAAGUGAAAGCAAACAAAGAGACUUGGAACACAGGACUGAGGAAUCAUAGCAGUGAGAGCUUUUGCUUCUUGAAAACUAGCAAUUUUAACAACACCAAAACAUUAAGAAAAUGGAAAUACUUGAGUUUUAUUCUCCUACCACGGGGCUUUAGGCUUUGUUAGAACGGAUACUCUUUAGAAUGAAUUCACUCUUCCUUACUACUUUGUCUGACAGUAUUCAGCAUUUUAUCUCUUCAUUCUGACUGAAACCAGGCCUACCUGUUCCUUCUGUGGUCUGUUAGUUUCUGACUUGGUGAACAAAAGCACGCUGGCAUUUGAGAUAGUCUUGCUGCAGUUUCUCGAAGUGUGUUGUUUAGUUUCUUGAGGUGCCUAGAACGAUGGAAUGACUUGGGAUCUCCUUAAAAUGCAGAUUUCUGAUUCUGUAGACCUAAGGUCUGAGAAUCUUCAUUUCCUUUUAAUUUUUAUUCAUUUGAAAAACACAGAGGGACAGAGACAGACAGAAAUCCCGCAUGUAAUGAUUCAAUCCCCAAAUGCCUACAACAAAACCGAGGCGAGGCGAGACCAAAGCCAGGAGCCAGGAACUCAGUGCGGUCUCCUACGUGAGUGGCAGGGACUCCCGUACCUAAGCCAUCACCUUCUGCCUUCCAGGGUGCACACUAAUAGCAAGCUGGAAUUGGGAGUGGACUGGGACUUGGAGCCAUGUACUCUGCGAUAUGGGAUGUGGGCAUCCCAAGUGGCAUCUUAACUCCUGCUGCUAACCCUCACUCCCAAUCCUGAAUAUUCAUGUUUAACUCACUCCCGGGUCACGCCAGUGCUACUGAUCCGUGGACCCCACUUUUAAGUAGCAAAGUUGUGGGGCACUUUCUUUGGGAUGGUGAUACCUAAAAGAGCUCUGGGAAAUUCUGUGUGAAACUAGAUUAUUCAGUGGUCCAUGUGGACUUCAGAAAGCUUGUAAAUCAUUUUUUCAUAAUACUAGGGAAGAUCUAAAGCUCAUCUGGUUUUAUGUGUGUUUCACUUUUAUUGCGGGUUAUUAAAGUGGUAAAUUCCUCCAGAAAAUUUUUCUUAGCUGCAUUUAAGGGAAGGAGGUACCAAGUCAAUAGAAGCACUAAUACUUGAAGGUACGAAAAGUCCACAGUGCAGCGUGAAUAUUAGAACCAACCACGCAGCUCUGCCCUCUAAGUUGGAGUUGUGAUUUUAGCAGGAACUAACGUGUUACGGACCUAAGGCUUUGCAGAGCAACCAUAGCAGCACUAACACAAAUCCCUGAAGAAGUGCUGGUGCCGCUGGAAACACUUUGUGAUAUAUCUUCUAAUAACCUGACAAGGUUCAUCAGUGCCGGCUCAGCAAAUGAGGCAAUUGAGCUGCCCAGUGGAAAUGUUUCCUAGUUUUGCUGUGGUAGAGUAGUAAAUCCUGAUAGCAGUUAGUUAUUGGAGAGAAGUUAAUUAUGGUAGAGCAGAUUUUGAACACAGGCUGUCUGACUGCAAAGUCCAUCACUGUUAAGCUUGCAUUUUACAGCUUGGCGCUUGUCUAACCCCCAUUAUUUAACAGUGGUGGUCACUAUUUUGCAUGUACUGUGUCAUUUUUCAUUCAUUUAAAAAGGCAGUGUCUUCCUGUCAUGAAGAAUUUGAAGGAAGCAUACUGUUAACAGUUGUUUCAUGAUUAACAGACAGCUUUGAUCAUUAUAGAUUAAUUGGGAAACAGAGAAGAAUGAAGGGAAAUAAGAAUAGCCCAUAAUAUUAUCAAAGAGAGUCUCUUUAAAUAAAAACUUUCCUCAUUAUAGGGGAUCUAUCUGUGAAAGGAUUUUUAAAAGUUCACAGAAAGGCCAGCUUUGUGGUGCAGCAGGUAAAGCUGCCAUCCAUGCCAGCUUUGUCCCAGCUGCUCCGCUUCUGAUCCAGCUGCCUGCUAAUGGCCAGCAGAGAGUGGCCGAAGUGCUUGGGCCCCCGCCACGGAUGUGGAAGACUUGGAAGAAGUUUCCCUGGCUCCUGCCUUAGGCCUGGCCGAGCCCUGGCCAUUGUAACCAUAUGGGGAGAGAACAGCAGAUGGAAGAUCUCUCUCUCUCUGUGUCUCUCUUUCUCUCUCUGUAACUCUCACUCUCAAAUAAAUAUUUUUUUUUUUUAAAGCUCAUGGAAAAAUAAAUUAAAAUGUAAGUUUAUUUUGGUGCAAAAAGUUUAAGUCGAUGUAAGUUUUUUUCAUUAUACGAGUUUUCCAUGAAAUUUUGAAGACCCAUUACACUUUACAUAGUAACAGAUGACACAUAUUUCUUUGACACUGUAGAGUAAACACAUAGGUGUAUCUUACAAACAGAAUCCUCCUUUUAAAGUGAUUUCAUAAAUUUACAGAUAACACAAUGUAGCGUCAUAACUUAAAUUUUUGUCAUACCAUAGAGUGAAAUCCUGACUUCCUUUUUUAACUAAGUGACCUCUGUGCUUUUCUCCCAUGAAAUAAAUACCUUCUGAACAGCUCUCUGAGAGUCUAACUCAGGCUUGGGGAUCUUAGUUCGACGCAGCAAGCACAUUUCCACCGCCUUCCUUGGGGGCUCUCCACGGCCCCUGAUAGGCUUGGGAGUCUGUUUGGGUUUGCUGUGCACAGGCUUAGCUUUGGUUUAGAAUUUCCUGCCCGACGACAUCCCGCGCUGUCUCCGGAGUGACUAACAGUCAGUCAUACUGAGCCAGCAGGGAGCCGGCUGUCAGUUUCUGGGCAGGCUCUGGCCAGGAAUGCACACAGCGUGAAGCAGUGAAUAAGCGAUUUCUGCAGUUCCCGAGCCGCAAGCCUGGGAGAUCCUCAGCGAUGCUUUGAGAACAGACUUCCUCAAUCACACCCUGGUGCUGCUGUGAAUGUCGCUGUUUUCCAAGGAACCAUGGUAGCCAGAGGGGAAAUAGCACGAUUUUGGAGUCUGGAAAGCCUUCACAUGGUUUCUUCAGAUGGAGGUACGGAGUCCUCUGCCUUAGUAGAUGACAAUGGUAGUGAGGAAGACUUCAGCUAUGAAGAACUUUGCCAGGCCAACCCUCGGUAUCUACAGCCAGGUGGGGAACAGCUGGCCAUCAACGAGCUCAUCAAUGAUGGCAGUGUGGUCUGCGCAGAGGCCCUGUGGGACCAUGUAACCAUGGACGACCAGGAACUGGGCUUCAAGGCCGGCGAUGUCAUCCAGGUUCUGGAAGCCUCUAACAAGGACUGGUGGUGGGGCCGGAAUGAGGAUAAGGAAGCCUGGUUCCCCGCAAGCUUUGUGAGACUGCGAGUCAAUCAGGAGGAGCUGUCGGAGAAUUCCAGCAGCACCCAUGGGGAGGAGCAGGAGGAGGAUGCCAGCAAACCCCGCCACAAGCACUCUGAGAACAAGCACCAGAUGAGGACCAACGUCAUCCAGGAGAUCAUGAACACCGAGCGGGUGUACAUCAAGCACCUCAAGGAUAUCUGCGAGGGUUACAUUCGACAGUGUCGUAAGCAUACAGGAAUGUUCACUGUUUCGCAACUAGCCACUAUUUUUGGAAACAUUGAAGAUAUUUACAAAUUCCAAAGAAAAUUCCUGAAAGACCUUGAGAAACAGUACAACAAAGAGGAGCCUCAUUUAAGUGAAAUAGGAUCCUGCUUUCUGCAGCACCAAGAGGGCUUUGCCAUCUAUUCCGAGUACUGCAACAACCACCCGGGCGCCUGCGUGGAGCUCUCCAACCUCAUGAAGCAGGGCAAGUACAGGCACUUCUUUGAAGCCUGCCGCCUGCUGCAGCAGAUGAUUGACAUCGCCCUCGACGGCUUCCUCCUCACGCCCGUGCAGAAGAUCUGUAAAUACCCCCUGCAGCUGGCCGAGCUGCUCAAGUACACCACACAGGAGCACAGUGAUUACAACAACAUAAAGGCAGCCUAUGAGGCCAUGAAGAAUGUGGCCUGUUUGAUCAAUGAGCGCAAACGGAAGCUGGAAAGCAUUGACAAGAUCGCCCGCUGGCAGGUGUCCAUCGUGGGCUGGGAGGGACUGGAUAUUUUAGAUCGAAGCUCAGAGCUGAUUCAUUCUGGGGAACUGACCAAAAUCACAAAGCAGGGCAGGAGCCAGCAGCGGACGUUCUUCCUGUUCGACCACCAGCUGGUGUCCUGCAAGAAGGACCUGCUGCGCCGGGACAUGCUGUACUACAAGGGCCGCAUAGACAUGGACGAGAUGGAGCUUGUGGACGUGGAGGACGGGCGGGACAAGGACUGGAACCUCAGUGUGAGAAACGCCUUCAAGCUCGUCAGUAGGACCACUUCUGAGGUUCAUCUGUUCUGUGCCAAAAAGCAGGAAGACAAGGCGAGGUGGCUGCAGGCCUGUGCGGAUGAGAGGCUGCGGGUACAGGAGGACCAGGAGAUGGGAAUGGAAAUCUCAGAAAAUCAAAAGAAGCUUGCCAUGUUGAAUGCCCAAAAGACGGGACAUGGAAAGUCCAAAGGCUACAGCGGAUGCCCCGUGGCCCCGCCGCACCAGAACCUGCACCCCAUGCACCAGCGCCACGUCACCGUGCCCACCAGCGUGCCCCAGCAGCAGGUCUUUGCCCUGGCAGAGCCCAAGAGGAAGCCCUCGCUCUUCUGGCACACCUUCAAUAAGCUCACACCCUUCAGGAAGUGAACACGGGGGCUGCACUUCCCUGGAGGGGGCUGUGAAGAAGAGAACCAUUUUGGUUUCUUCUGCAGGAAAUGUCUGAGACCCAGUGCUGAAAACUUCUUUCGGGGAUCAAUGAAGGAGCCGAAGGGCUUGGGCUCCCUUCUGUCUUCGGAGAUCCAGCUGCCUUCAUGGAAGGGAAGAGAAGGUCAUGACGCACCGCUUGUCUGCACCAGAGCCCCCGGGGCCCGCCCAGCAGCCCGUGUCGUGUUCUACAGCGGAGGCCGAUGCUGUGGCCCCGGUGAGCCGUGCCAGGCUGAGCGCGCUCCUGCUGCGGUCCGAGCACGUUUCAUCCGAAGCAGGGGGUCCCUGGUGGGUCACUGCUGUAUUUGAUUGUGAAGGGAGUCGUUGACGGAGUCGCUAAGACACUGCUGCUUGCUCUAGCACGUGUCUGGUCACACCGAGAAGGCGAGCUCUUCCUCCCUUCCGUAGUAUUAGCGGACCCACAGCUGCAGGGGCCAUGGCCGUGGUGUUCCCGGUGUUGUCAGCUGCCACGUGUGCAGGAUCUGUCUUGCAGGGCUGAUCCUCACAGGCUGAGGAGGGACACCUGUGGCCACAGCCACCCUGCAGCGUGGCCUGCAGUGCAGGGGUGGAAGCUCCCUCCUGAUUCUGCUGCCAGGAGCGGGAGCGAGAAUCCUGCUGCAGGCAGCCCGGCACGUCCUUCUCAAACCAGGUCCUCACCUGCCCGAGUGCCUUGUGUAACUCCACGAGCCAGAGUCACUGAGAAACCCCGACUCCUGCAGCUGGUGGCCACGGAAAGGCCUGUUUACCUUCCCUCUUGUGACAGCAAGCACGGAAGCACUCUGGUUGGAAGAUACCCGUAAAGAGCAUCCUCUGCUUCUUCCUGUGCUUGCUUCUGGCGUCCUUGCUGGCUGAUGAAGUUACAAACACGCAGACUUUCCAUGGAGAAAACACGAGGGGCACAGCCGUCCCGCCGCCCAGGGGUUGAAGCUGCCUUUCUCAUGUCAGCCCCGGACAGGAGUGCAUAGCCGUGCCGUCAUUAUGUCAGCGGAUUCCUGAAAAUCCAUUCCUUAUAGAGAGACCUCGACCAAAUACCUCGGCUCAGAGAGAGCAGUCUUUGCUAACGAAGGCCACGCGGGGCUGGUGCCUGCAGGUAAUAGUCUCCUUUUCUGGGACCAUAUUGUAAAGUUUGCAGAACACAUGUUUUAAAUACGCGUGGAGAAGACAGGCUGAAUCAGAGAGAGAAGCUGUUUCCCUUCCCCCCAGGCAUGCUGGAUCGGGAGGGGAAUGUGUUGCAGUUUGUUUGCGUUUGACAAGCCCCAUUUUUUGUAUGUUGCUCUUGCAGAGUUCCUUUUUCUAACAGGCCCCUGUGUGCGAAUAAACAAACCUUCAGUGUCCAACAGAGGUGUAGUCUUCCGUCUCCAGGGGUGCUGUUCCUCCAUUCUCCCUGCCUUUCCCCAUAUCCAGAGCUGUUCCUGGAGGAGGUAACAUCACGUGUCAAAUGCGUCAAGAAAACAUAACCCUGGGCCUCUCUGCUGGGCCCCUGGAGCACUGUGUGACUGUGCGUGACCCUGUGUCGCCUGGGAAUGCCUGCCUGCGGCAGCAGUGCUGAGAGAGUCCCGUGCCCCGUGGCAAGCCGCCCUAGGGUUGCCUCUGUGGCCCCUCAUGCUACAAGUUGCUGCAUGAGGAAGGUUUUUGGGAGGUGCCGUGGCUUCCCCCGCAUUUGCCCCUGUGGGUGGCUGUGCGUUUCCCAAUAGACGGCUCAGCUGUAGCUGCAUUUAUAGAACUGACCUUUUUACUAACAAAGGGUAAUGAUGCAUUUUGGAAACGGCACUUACUGAUUUUUUGGACACCUCAGCAGUAACUGUAGGAGUCUGUGUGCUACAUGGAGUUGCUUGUACAUAUGUACAGCAGUUCUCAACAGUGUUGUGUAAUGUAAUAUAAGAGAAUUGCUUUAAGGAAGCAGAGAUCCUUCGCUUACGUUACAUUUUCAGCGAGAACUCAAUUUCAGUAAAGAAACACCCUGAGGGUUUCCAUUUCCUGCUGUGUACUAUCAGGCUGAUGAAGAAAUGCUUUAAGUUUUGUAACCAGUCCUAAUUUAUUUCCCAGUCGAGCCCUGACUUCCUGUUCCCACCUACCUCCGUGGACUUCCUGACAGAGGAUUGUGAAUAUCAGGACAUGUUUUCAGAAAAUCAGGUUCAGUUGUCCAGAAUUGUCCAGUCAGCUUUAUACGGUGUGAGAGUCACUUGAUCAAAUGUCUGUCCUGGGUAGACCCUACCUGGAUUUUCAGGCCAUUUUGAAAUCUGUUAACAUUUUUAAAAGGAUACACCAUCCUUUGACUUUCUGAAAAUCUUUAUGUCUAGCUUAGAUUUUUCUUAGUGAAUACUUGAGUUCUACAAAGAAUAGAAGACUCAACUAUCCUCACUUUUCUUUUGCUGAACUUCCUUAUUUAAGUCACAGGUUCCCCUUGGAAAGAAACAAACAGCCCCUACAUGAAUUGUGGGUGCAGUCUCUCCUCUCCUCUCCUCUCUCCUCUCUCCUCCUGUCUCAUUUUAACCCUAUGUUCCUUAAUAUGAGUGAGCUAAAAAAAAUGGCUCAAUCUUUUGAUGCAUUUCACCUAUCUUUCACAUUUCAGAAUCUGCCCACUCUGUUGACAGACAGUUGAAAUGGCCUUGGAUCACAAGCAGCCUUCUCCAUGUUGGUCAUACCUAAAGUGUGUCACUGCCCUGCAGGAGACGCUAAGCAGUCAUCCAAGGGAAUAUUCGCAAUGUUCUCUGGAGAGUAAGCACUGUCUGUCUCUGACCUGCAAACUAAAAAGAGGAGAAGUGAUUUACCAGAGCUUUCAUGAUGAUAACCAUCCACACAGCUUUCGUUAGAUCAGUCUUUUGUCUCCCACUUGAGUAUCUGAUUUCAUUGUCAGAAACAUUUUACCAACAUCUAGUGCUAUUUCUGAAUAUUGUGCCUUUUUGUGCCUAUUUCAGCUGAAGACUGUUCAGUACUGUUGUCUAGACAGAAAGCAAACAUAUGCUUAAUUCAAAACUCUGCUCCCAUAGACACCUUCUGUAGAAGCCCAGGUGACCCAGCAUUUUACCAAGUGGAAGUUUCUGUACACUGAAAUUCCUGCUGUUCUUCAGGACACUUCUACCCAGCUUCCGAGGCAGAGAGAACAGCCUGCUCACCUGGGUUGAGGGGGAGAUUUCUGCAGAAUGACUGCAUCAAGGGGAAGAGAAACAGAGACGUGUCCCUCGCAGCGCAGUGCCCACAGUGAGAACAGGUGCCCUUUCAAUAGCGCACAGGCCCAGGAUGCUGCACUCAGCCCCACUGUAGGCUUAAACCAGAAGCAGAAAAUUGCCCCCUCAUCCCCCUCAUCGCAGCCUCGAAAUUGCUGUCUUUGUGCAGCCUCACCUGGCUAAUGCUGUUUGUUUUCAGGAUGCAGUGAAAGUGGAGCUCAAAAGACUUCAGGAAGAACUAAGUGCAAGCUAGCUGGUCUUGACCAAAAAAGAAGCCUAAGUAUUCGAUGUAAAUUUAUUUAGCUACAAAUACUUUUCAUUGUUGCCUGCCUGUAAUUAUCUCAUAGGCAUUGACAUUUGUAUAUAGAAAAGGCUUUUAACAGAUUCAUUAAUUUAAUAAUUGGUCUUUUUUGUAAAUAUUAGCAUCCAUUGUGUGUGACUUGCUGACCUAUUUGGCAAGACUUAUUAGUAACUUUUUAACUCAGCGACAUCAAGAUGAUGUUCUUUGUAAAAGUGGGAACUUCCACAAUGAUGAACUAGCUGUUGACAGCUGAACUAGGGUGUACAAGAUUGCUGUAACUUGAUAUGUAUUUUUGUUGAAUGAGGAUUUUGUAAAAAAAAAAAAAAUGUUAUUUGAAUGAUUUCUUGUAAAUGCUGUGAAUCUAUAUUUGUUGUUCUGUAUAUUAAAAAUCAUUUGCCAAACUG